AUGGACGACCACUACUAUGUCCAAACAAAUAUACUGACUAUUCCUUACUUGCUGGAACGUGACGAGCAUUUAACAGAUCGUUUGGAACAGACAUUGGCCAUUCCGGAUUCCAACAUUCUCAAUGUUUCCUGCAAGAAUCCACCAUCGGAAGCCAAGCGCCUUUGGAAUAUUGUUCUUCACUAUCUGGCCCUUCACAUUCAUCAGCAUCUACUGGCACUAUCAGAAGCACGGGCACGGCACGACAAUCCACAAGCCUUUCAAAGAAUUCAUACAACAACAUGGAAAACUUGA